GAAAUGUUUAGUAUUAUUCGUUUCUAUAUCCGAUAAGAUGGGACCUAGUGCUCCAAAAUCGUAUAAAAUGUAACCCGAAUUAGUGUUGAAGCACAGUCGACUGCUUCAGCAGGAACAAUGAAGACUGUCGUCGUAUUAGCGGCCAUCGUGGCCUUGUCGCUCGCAGCUAACUUCCCAACUCCUUCUCAACAUGAGGUUGAAACCAAAUCGGUUGACGGAGGUUACGUUGCGCGUCAAAAGGCCGUUUUAGACCUGUUCAAGAAUGUCGACGAGCAGUUCGACCACGAGGAGGAGUGGUAUAGAGUUGGAAACGAGUAUGACCCCGAAGCCUCUAUUAACAAAUACACCAACAAAGAGGUCGUAGAGGAUUUUAUGAAGCUGUAUAGAAGUGGAUUCUUACCCAAAUACGAAGUCUUCUCAAUUUUUGACGAGAGAGUACUGGAGGAGACGGUCGCUCUCUUCAAGUUGUUCUACUACGCCAACAACUUCCUAGAUUUCUACAAGACCGCUGCAUGGGCCAGAGUUCAUCUGAACAAGAACCAGUUCAUCUACACUUUCUACAUUGCCAUCAUCCAGCGCCCUGACACCCAAGACAUGGUCAUCCCCGCUCCCUACGAGAUCUAUCCCGAAUUGUUCACCAACUCCGAGACUAUAUUCAAAGUUUUCCGUGUGAAGGUGCAGGAUGGUCUCCUCAAUGAAAAGCUGGCUUCUAACGACGGCAUUGUCAAGGAAAACAACAACUACAUAUUAUACGCCAACUACUCCAGUUACCGGACUUAUGGACCCGAGGAGCAAAGACUGGCUUACUUCACUGAAGAUGUCGGCAUGAACUCCUGCUAUUUCUACUUUCAUUCUUACUUACCAUUUUGGAUCAACUCUGAAAAUCACAUUUUAAAAAAGCGUCUUGGUGAGCUAUGGGUGUUCUACUACCAGCAACUAUUGGCACGUUACUACCUGGAGCGUCUUUCUAAUGGUUUGGGCGAAAUUCCCGAUUUUUCCUGGAAGAAGCCUAUAAAAACAAGGUAUACUCCUUUUAUGUCAACUCUGCAGUAUCCCUUUAUUCAGAGGAAUAGCGAAUAUCGUAUUCCAGUAGAGAAGUACAAUGAAGAGAUUCAGUUUCUGGAAACUUUCGAAAAGAACUUCCUUCAGUAUAUGCAGCGUGGCAUGUUCAAAGCUUAUGGCCAGGAAACCAAUAUCCGUAGCCCUGAAUCCUUAAACUUUGUCGGCAACUACUGGCAGAGCAACCCCAACCUGUACUCGCAAACUGAGCCCAGAAAGCUAUGGAAGUCCUAUGAAAACAUUGCCCGUCAUCUCUUGUCUGCAGUUCCCGAGUCUUUUGAAGAGCGCACUGUCCUCCCCUCAGCUCUCAAUUUCUACCAGACAUCCCUUCGUGAUCCCAUCUUCUAUCAGCUGUACAGCAAGAUCCUCAAGUACAUCAAGCUGUUCAAGGAAAACAUCUAUCACUUCUCACAUACCUACCUAAAGUUUUAUGGCGUCAAGAUCAACGACGUCCAAGUUGACAAGCUUGUUACCUUUUUCGACUUCUUCGAAUAUGAAAUUACCAACGGAGUCUAUAGAAGCAACACUGAAAUAAAAAAUAUCACUAAAAGGUACCUGGUCCGCCAACCGCGUCUUAACCACAAGCCUUUCACCGUCACCGUUGACUACUGGUUAGAAUAUAGGGCCCUAGAGACUCUGAUUGACAACAAGCCUUUUGGUUAUCCAUUUGACCGCCCUCUCCGGCAUGAAACUCCCUUCAGGGUACCUAACAUAUUGUUUAAGGAUGUGUUGAUCUACUUCGAGGGUACCCACUUCCCUUACCAGAUGAACAACCCCUUCCACGGCCCUCCUAAGAACCAGGUAUCUAAGCACUAAGAGGAGAGAGAAAGAGCAUUGUCACGGUGUCGCAAUAGAGUGUACAUUUUAAUGUGAUUUAAAUAUAUACAAAAUAAAAAAUAAUUUAUCUAUUUGGAACACAACAUUUUAACGUUUUCACACAUUUUCUAACAAAAUUUUAUG